AACAGCAAAAAGAAGUUUUCGCAAAUGUUCCAAUAAGAAACAUCAUAUGUUCAUUUGUGAUCACAACAAAAAAAACGUAAACUGAAGAAUAUUUGACAGCGAACAGUUAGAAGAAAGCAUAAAACAAAAAAAAUGUCAUCAACACCAGCUGAAGAAAUUGAAUUGUUGGAGCGUGUGUUACUGCGUUUGGGUUGUGCCGACAGUGAUGAAAAGUUGGAGGCAAUUGUGGGUCGCUUUUUGACACCGGUCAUAUUGAAGAUCUCCUCACCGCAUGAUGCAGUGCGCACAAAGGUCGUUGAAGUGCUGACUCAUAUUAAGCGACGCGUUACUUCACGUCCAUUGGUGCAAAUACCAGUGGAAGCGCUUUUAGAUCAAUACUCCAAUGCUGGCAAUUCACCAUUUUUGCUUAAUUUUGCUAUUAUUUUCAUAACAAUGGGGUUUCCGCGUCUAAGCAUUGAACAACAGAGCGCUUUGGUGCCUAAAGUGCUAGUGUGUGAAGAAAAGCUGGAAAAUUAUCGUGAUAAACUCUUCAUGCUCGUACUACCGAUUUUGGGUGAUAUCAAAUUACCAGAUGAUCCAGCACGCGUGAAUGAAGUUUUGAAGUUGGACGACAAGCCCACAGUACGCAAGAAUUUUCUACAAUUAUUGCAAGACGUUCUUCUGCUACCCUAUGGCGUCACACAAGAGCAAGAUGUGCUACCACCUGGCAUGAGUUUUUAUUCAUUUAAACGCGCUGCUGUUUGCAAUUGGAAGGCUGAAGAGUUGGAGAAGAUUAAGAAAGGCAUAGUACGCUUGAUUUGCGCUGGUCUCUUUAAGGACGUCGAAUCGUUUAUCUUAUUGGUUUUGGCCUCCUCAGAUACACGUUUCAGCGUGGCAACACCAGCUAUUGCCGAGCUGAGCAAAGUGUGCACAGCAAUUGAUUUCGCCGAUCCACAUGUGACCGCGCCACUAUAUACGCUCUUCUGUGGCAACAACAGUCAAGAUGCUGAACGCAAGACAGCGCCAUGCUGUGCACGCGUGCGACAAAAACUACUACAAUACUUGAUUAGAUGUCGUGGUAAGGGCAUCAAUACGCCCAAAGGCAUACAAGUCAUAUUCGAGGGACUCUUCGGCGAGAAUACAAAUCAGAAAUGCAAAGUGUUGGCACUGCAAUUCGCUGAGAAUCUUAUUAAAGAUGGUCCAAUUGCUAUUGUCUCCAAAGUGGCGAAAGUAUUACUUACUGGUUUAAUUAAAGUCAGUGGUCGUGAAUCGAACGAACCGCAUGAUGUGCAAAACGCUGCACUCUCGGCGCUCGCACAAUUGGCACGCACCUGUCCGGAGGUGAUAAAUCAGGAUUUAAAAGUGGUUUUGGCAUUUUUCAAUCAUUUGGCCAAUGCAACACCAGAUAUACAAUCAUCCAUACGUGAUGCAUUGGUCGCCAUGGCGCCGUCAUUUGCUUGGAAGUCACAGAAGACGACCGAACAGGAGGAGGAAACGCUCGAGGAGAAUGUGCAGUUAAGUGGCCAACAACAUUUGCUAUUGGCCAUGCUUUCGGAUAAUGUGGAAUCAAAGCAGCAGAUCGUGCAGAAUGCCACAAGCGUAUUUCUCACCACUUGCUAUCCUGAAUAUUAUGCGCCAGCGCGUGUACUAUUGCUGCUCAUCGCAGGCGAGCGUAAUCACUUGCAUGACACCGUCACCACUUAUCUGUAUGGCGUUUCGAAGAAGGAUCAUGUGGACUACAAUCUAAUCUACUCUGUGGAAUAUGUGGAACAACCAAAGGAUACUUUCAAUCAAUUAUCAACUGAACGCCGUCCGAUUGUGUUGCCGAGCUUUAAAAGCAUCAUGCAACAUGUUAGCCAAAUGGCCGAGAGACGUUUGUUGAAGAACUAUGGUUGCGAGUCUAUUAGCAAUGUCAAGCUGGCUUUCAGUCAAACUGUCUACGAGGAGAUAUUAGAUUACUUGCGCAUUUGUCUUUGGUACUCGGCUGGUGCACGUGCCGCACCAGGCGAUGAGAAGGCGGCAGCCAAAUUAAAGGCUUAUAUAGCAGAGAACUAUGAAGAGAGCGAACAGAAUGAGCUGCACCAAUAUGUGCAGUUUGUUAAGCGUUAUGUUGAGGCCAAACGAACCGAGGUGAAUUUGCUCUGUCUAUACGAUUUACUCAAUGUUGCACCUGAGUUGCUGACCGCAUCGCACAUGCAUCUGCUAACACCAUUAUCGAAUUCCUUGAAAGAUGUUUCGGAGACAAUGCGCGCUCAUGUGGCUCAGGUCUAUGGCAUACUCUUGGCGCAUGGCUGCAAGGAUAAGGAGUUUGACUCACAAAUCAGUGAAUGUCUCAGAGAGCUUCCACAGAAGUCUCUCGAGAACAAACAUGGUUGGAUGCUGGUUUUAGGACACGCCUUCAGCCGUAAAAUCUCAUUGUUGAAGGGCACAACAGCUAAGCAAUUGAACGAGUGGGACGUUUUCGUUAAUACUGUGAAAGUUAUAGUUAAAAUGAUGCACGAAUCACAGUGGCUGCUAGUUGCUGCCGCCGUCAAGUGUAUUUCGAUGAUCGGCAAAAUGGCCAUCAUACCGAAUGUUGAAGUGGAGAUACUAGUGCCCGUGGCGGGCGAUAAAAAUGACGAUGACGAUAAUAUUGAAUAUGAGACGGCUAAAGCUUCAACGAAACUACUCAUUUAUCAUGAUAUUUACACUUUAUUGCGCAAUGUUUCGGUGCGCGCACGCGUACGUGAAGAUGCCGCACGUUGUCUCGGCUAUUUGGCCAUUGGUGAUGGUGAAUUCUUUACACAACGUAAUUUGGAUAAAUUUUUGGCGAUUAUUAAGACACAAAAGGAUGUUGCUUUGAAUAUAGCCAUUUCGGAAGCUAUGGUGGCCACUCUAAAUGGUUAUGAUAUAAAUGCUAGCGAUGAGUUUGCUAACAAGCAUAAGAGUAAUCCGUAUUGUAAUGAUGAAAUGUUUGAGAAAUUUAUGAUGUCGUUGGUGCGUUUGGUGCCAGAGCCGAAUGUGCAUUCGAGACAGGCCUCCUCUGUUUGGCUAUUGGCUUUGAUUAAAAACUGCAGUCAUCGGCCUGCUGUGCUCAAAAAUAAAGAAAUCUUGCAAUUUGCAUUCACUGAACUACUCUCCGAUGACAGCGAAUUUGUGCAAGACGUCGCCUCACGUGGUUUAGGACUUGUGUACUCACUUUCUGAUAGCAAUAGUCAAAAUGAUUUAGCCAAUUCGCUCUUGAAUCAACUGAUCGGCGGUAAGCGACAAGUGAAUAAAGUCAGCGAAGAUACCGAGCUCUUUGCCGAAGGCAUGCUCGGCAAAACACCAACUGGCGGCAACAUAACUACCUACAAGGAACUCUGUUCGCUCGCUUCCGAUCUCAAUCAACCCGAAAUGGUCUAUCAAUUCAUGCAAUUAGCCAAUCACAAUGCCGCUUGGACCAGUAAAUUGGGUGCUGCUUUCGGUUUGAAAUCUAUUAGCGCUGAUUCGAAAGCCAAAAUGCAACCCUAUCUCGGCAAAAUCAUACCGCGCCUGUAUCGCUACAAAUACGAUCCAACACCGAAAAUACAAAAUUCAAUGAUUUCCAUUUGGGAUUCGGUUGUCAGUGAUCCGAAGGAGUCUGUGGAGAAGUAUUAUUGGGAGAUUUUGAGAGAAAUAUUGGACAAUUUAACCUUCACCGAGUGGCGUGUGCGCAUCGCUUGUUGUUUGGCGGUGCGUGAUUUGCUCAAACGUCCGAAUGGUUUGCGCUUGCGCAGUGAUGAAAGGAAAUUGGAUGCCAUUCGUCAGAGUAAGGCUGAAAAUGAGCAGAAUAAAAGUGCUGGCGGCACAGCUAUGGAAGUGGAUGAAAUACCCGAACCGGAACUGCAGGAGUUGUGGGCUCAACUGUUUCGCGUCAUGGACGACAUACAUGAGGGCACGCGUUUGGCAGCACAAGGAUCCGUUAUGUUUUUGAGCAAACUCUGCGUCUCAGCCGCCUCAUCCAAUCACGGCAAAUCCGGUCUGGCUGUGGCCUCUUCCAUUUUACCGCUACUACUACAGACUGGCGUUACACAUACCGUCGCCGAUAUACGUAAAAUCAGUAUUCGUACAAUUUCGGAAAUGAUCGACUCAUCGGGUUCAUUAAUUGCGCCACAUUUACCCAUGUUGAUACCGUGUCUACUGAAGGCCACCGGUGAGGUGGAAAACUCGAAGUUAUCAUAUUUAUCAACACGCCUGGGUGCCGAUAAUGAGGCACAAGAAGCUGUGGACACAGUGCGCGCUGAGGCCGCUAAAUCGCAUCACACCAUGGAAUCGAUAUCGAAGUGCAUGCGUUAUAUAGAUUACAAAGUGCUUGAAGAGAUGACCCCCAGUGUUUUGGAGUUGAUCAAAACGAAUAUUAUUUUAGGCACGAAGAUUGCUUGCGCGCAUUUCGUUUGUUUGAUAAGCAUACGUGUUGGCAAAGAAAUGUCGCCGCUUGUCGGAAAAUAUCUCGCUGCAUGCUUUGUGGGCCUGAAAGAUCACAAUGCAACCGUGCGCAAAUACUACGCGAAUGCGGUGGGCCAUUUGGUGGGCAUAGCAAAGGAGAAGUCAAUUAAGAAUCUCUUCGUCAAGCUCGAUGAACUCUACAUGGAGAAUUCCGGCAAUCGUUCGGUGCCACUCGCCAUACAAGCGAUUAAUAAGCGCCACAAUGAUUUGCUCAAGGACUACCUAGACGAUGUCUUGCCGCUGGCGUUCUUCGCUAAGCACGAGGAACCCAACGAUGAAAACAAAUCGAAUAUUGAGCUGUGGAAGGAGUUGUGGAAUGAGAUUAGUCCCGGCGAUGCCGGCAUACGUAUGAAUUUGCAUGUGAUCAUACCGAAGCUGGAGAAAUCGCUGGAUGAGGCCAGCUGGCUGCGUAAGACACAAGCCGGCAAUGCCAUACACACGAUUGCUAUGCGUCUCAGCGGCACCAUAGAGGCGGAGCAGCGCCUGCGUUUAAUCAAUCUGCUGCUCGGCGAGUUGCAAGGCCGCACAUUCAAGGGUAAGGAGCGGCUGUUACAAGCGUUGGCCGCUUUGUGCAAGGGACUCGAUCGUCAUCAUGAGAUUAACGCACGCAUAGUGGAUGCUGCGAUGCGUGAAUGCCGCAAAGAGGAGCCGCAAUAUCGCACGUUGGCGCUGCAAGCGUUGGGCGAUAUACUGGAAGAGCUGGAGGUGGAUCGUUUCGAGGAGGUUUACAAUCUGAUCUGGUACUUGCUGGAGGAGAAGGAGUUGCGUAAGGAGGAGAGUGAAGGGGUUGGCGAGAAGACACUCACCGCCGAUGAGCGCAAUAAACGCGCCACCAUUUUCAAUAAACUCAAGGAGACUGUCUGCGAGACUUUGGGCAAGUCAUGGCCCAAGCAUGGCGUCGAAACGCAGUAUAAAUAUCAGUUGCAGUUCGUCGAGCGCUGCUUGUUGUGUCUGCGCAGCAGCACACGUCCCGUUCAGGUGAGCUUAUUGGGCGCGCUAAGCAAGUUUGUGGAGCGUUUGUGCGUGUUUGCGAGCGAUAGUGCACCGCCCGCGCUGGAGGGCAAUCAAGAGAAGAAGGUGAAGGUGGACAAUUGUGAGGCGCGUGAUAUGAUUGUGGAGAAAAUCUGCAAUCAAGUGCUAUCGGCGGUGAUUUAUGCAUCGGGUCUGCCACACACCGGCCUCAAGAAGGAAUCUCUCAAUAUUGUAUUAGUGCUCAUUAAACGCUUAACAGAUGCCAAAGACAAGAAGAAUCUAACGCUGGUGAAGAGCGCUUUCGAAGAGAAUUUGGCGAAUUUCCAAAAGGAUCCAACACCUGAAGUACGCUGUCGCGUCAACGAUAUUGAGGAGAAAUUCAGCAAGUUCACUUUCAAGGACGAUUGAAAUACUGUUUGAAGCUGCUAAAAUUAACAGUUGACGUCACAAAUACUUAAAAUACGCAUGCAUCUAAAAAUAUAAAAACACAGACGUGAUUUGAAUUAAUAAAAAUAAAAAGAUUAAUAAAAAAGGAA